AUGGCCGAAUUGGAUUAUGAUUCUGAAGAUGGACAAGAGUUGACUGAGAAGGAAAAGCAGGUAAAAGAUUUUAUUUGUUGGCUACAGUUUUAGGAAAUUGAGCGAAAGCGACGCAAGAAUAAGAAGAAGAAGGAAUCCAAAAAGAAAAACAAGAGCGUCGCUAGCGAGAAGCCAAAGGAAAAUACCGAGAAUGGUGACAAACCUAAGGAAGAAGAUGACAUCGAGGUUGAGGUGGAGUAUGUUCCGGACGAACUUGAUAUUCCCACAGAUGAUCCUGCGUUUAAAGAAUUCACGAAUGUCUUAAACAGAUUUAAGGUAGGACCAGUAAUUCACAAUUUUUUUGGAUACGAAUAUUUUUAACCUAAAAAAUCGUAUCCGAUAAAAAAUUAACUUAUGCCUUAUACGAAUAUCAGAAUUUUGGAAAAUCUUUUAGUUAUUCCACAAAUUUGAUACAUGUUCGCAAAAUUUAGUCGAAAAACUGUUCAAUAAAUUUAGCCUUUUUUGGUAAUUAUCACAAUUGUCAGAAAAAGAUCCGCAUACGAAUUUUUAGUCAAAAUAUCAUAAUAAUCGUAUUGGCGAUUUUUGACGUCUCCGACAAAAUACGGGCACGUAAAUCACUGAAUAGUACAUGUAUUGGCUUUGUUUAAUUUGUGUAAAUGUCUAGGCAGUUAAAGAAGAGAUUAAAACAGAAGUUGUGCUGGACGAGCCCAGAUUAUUGGAUAGCAACAGCAUUGAUUCGUUUAACAAAGCCGCGAUAUCUGAACAGAUUCUACAAGAUGAGAUGAAAGAAAAGAAGGUAUGCAAGGUGUUGAUUAAAUAGCUUUAUAUAUUUAGAAAGAAGAUGGUGAUCUUGAAAAUAUGAGUCGUAAGAAAAUCAGACUCAGUUUGCAACCAUCAAUCGCGGAACUUAAGGCUGUAAGUUAGAAAUUCCUUUUUUGAUUAGUUUAAAUGUAUUUUUGUAGAACACAACAAGACCAGAUGUGGUUGAAUGGGCUGAUGUCACUUCUAGAGAUCCUCAUCUGCUUGUCCACCUUAAAGCUUAUCGUAAUACAGUCCCUGUUCCCCGCCAUUGGAAUGCCAAGAGAAAGUAUCUCGCUGGAAAAAGAGGAUUCGAGAGACCGCCCUUUGAUUUGCCAGAUUUCAUUAAGAGAACUGGGAUCAUGGAGAUGAGAGAAACCAUGUGGGAAAAGGUAACAUCUCUAUUAUAAUGUUGGAUUUUAUGAUUUUAGGAAGGUGAGCAGACCUUGAAGAGUAAGAUGAGAGAGAGGAUGCGGCCAAAGAUGGGCAGAAUUGAUAUUGACUAUCAGAAAUUACACGACGCCUUCUUCAAAUGGCAAACUAAGCCGGUUAUGACUUUAAUGGGCGAACUCUACUACGAGGGCAAGGAAAUGGAGACGCAGAUGAGAGAGAAGAAACCUGGGCUUCUGUCGGAUGAGUUGAGAAUUGCACUGGGAAUGCCCGUCGGCCCUGUAAGUGUGAUAACAAUGUUACCAACUUUCACAUGUUAUAUCUGUAAUUUAUGUAUUUUUAGACUGCAAAUAAGUUCCCCCCUCCAUGGUUGAUUGCAAUGCAGCGUUAUGGACCCCCACCAUCCUAUCCUAAUCUAAAAAUUCCCGGGCUUAACACACCAAUUCCUGAAGGUUGUUCCUUUGGAUAUCAUGCUGGUGGAUGGGGUAAACCUCCGGUUGAUGAGACCGGGAAACCUGUAUAUGGUGAUGUAUUCGGACUGACGGUAGGUUUGGUAUUAUUUUGGACUGAUUUUCCUUCUGUUAGGCCCCAGAAACAAUCGAACCAGAAGACGAAAGCAAGAUCGAGAGGUCUCAUUGGGGAGAAAUCGAGAGUGAUGAGGGAGAAUCAGACGAAGCAAGUGAUAUGGAGGAGGAUGAAGAGGAAGAAGAACCAGCAGCAGGACAAGCCGAGGGCAUGGCGACUCCAUUGCCUGAGGGCGCAGUUACUCCAAGUGGAAUCUCGACCGUCUCGGGAAUGGAGACUCCGGAAUCCAUCGAGAUCAGAAAGAACAGGACCGAUGAAUCAAUCGUGGGCACAGACACUCCGAUUUCCAAACCCCCAGGACAAUUGUACACCAUCUUGACCGAGAAGAAGGUCGAUAAGUACGGGAAGGACCUUAUGGGAUCAACCCAUGUCUACGACCUUACUGUAAGUCUGCUCUAUAACAUAUUGUUAUUACUCUUCGGAAAAAAUACGAUAUAAAACAUUAAUUACAGAAAAAGAACCGCGCAGAUGGAGUUGAAAUCUCAUUAAAUCCGGAGGAAUUGGAUCUUGGCGACAAGAAACUUUUGGAGGAGAGAUACGAAGAACAACUAAGAAAGCAGACGACCACCAAGAAUGAUGACAAAGAGGAGGAGGAAGACUUCUCCGACAUGAUUGCCGAUCAUUCCAGAGUGAGUCUUGUGCUUUUGGCUGUAGUUUAUAAUAAUGUGGAAUCAUCUAUCAUCGCUUUGCGACGGCUAGCCGCGGCUGUAGAUUUGGUUUGCGACUGCGCGGAGGCGAGACGUUUUGCUGCGACAAAUCCACAUUAUUUCCCCGGCAGACUGAUAUAUGAAACAAAAGUAAUCAGUGUUUUUUCAGCGCAAGAGAAAGGCGGAACAGAAGAAACAAACGGCCAACGAGAAAAAGAAGCACAAGGACUUCAAAUUCUAA